AAUUAAAUACUAAAAUCGAUAAUGGAGCUGCUCUAUUUGUAAUGGCGGUGGCGACUUCCCAAACGCACCGAGUCUGACUCGUCAACUUGCGAGUUCAUUCAAUACGCGUGAAGCUGUUAACCAGCCAUCAGAAUCUCGGAAAAUUCCUGCUCCGGUCAUCGGCGGAGUGAAAUAGACGGCGUUAACUAUUUGAUGUUAACGGUGGAGAGAAACUAAGCGAUGAUGAGCCCGAACGGAUUCAGCGGUUUAGAGAAAGAGUAUAUAAGGAAGCAUCAUCAUCAUGACCUAGCGGAGAAUCAAUGCAGUUCCUUUCUGGUCAAGCACAUUCGAGCGCCUGUUCAUCUCGUUUGGUCAUUGGUUAGGAGGUUUGAUCAGCCACAAAAGUACAAGCCCUUUGUCAGCAGGUGCAUUGUGCAAGGAAAUCUUGAGAUUGGUAGUCUUAGGGAAGUCGAUGUCAAGUCAGGCCUCCCUGCAACAACGAGUACUGAGAGAUUGGAGCUUCUUGAUGAUGAAGAGCACAUCUUAAUUGUCAGGAUUAUUGGCGGGGAUCACAGACUUAGGAAUUACUCAUCAAUCAUAUCUGUCCACCCGGAGGUGAUUGAUGGAAGACCUGGGACACUGGUGAUUGAAUCAUUUGUGGUGGACGUACCCGAAGGAAACACCAAAGAUGAGACGUGUUACUUUGUUGAAGCAUUAAUCAAAUGCAACCUAAAAUCACUUGCUGAUGUUUCAGAGCGACUUGCUGUGCAGGACAGGACAGAGCCCAUUGAGCAGGUCUAAUGGUUCAGGAUGUUCUGAAGGUUAUUACACUAGGGAUGAAGCUUCCUCAAGGCUAUUAGUUCUCUAAGGCUUUGGAGGCGGACUGGAUGUUGCUGCUCUCUUCCCAGCUUCCCGUGCUGUUGGUGCUCUCUUUUUUAUUUAUUCUUUUUUUGCGGUGUAUGUUUAGCAUUCAGUCAUAUUACUUGUUUGUAGUGUCUCAGAACCACAGGUUUUACAAGGAUCUCUAGACACCCCGUAAAUGGAUGAAAAGACUAGUUUGUUUUAAUUCUUAGAAUUCUGAUAGUGGUUUGUGGUAUGUCACUUGUCUUAGUUUAGCGUUGUUCCAGUGUCUGUUGAGUUGCUAGUCAGAGUCUUUUAAGUUGCAUUUGUGGCCUCUAGUUGCAGUAAAUAAUGGUGGUGUACAAUCCAUGAGCUAAUGUUGUACAGACUAGUUAUAGAGAAAGGCUCUAGAUCUGCAAACACUCUCUUUUAUUUCGUUAUUAUUCAUCAUUGACGAGAA